CAUUGCUUUGCAUUGCAUUCGGGCCAUUUAAUAUCUAGCUAAGCAUUGUUGUACUGACACAGUUGUGGGAUUUCUUUUGACAAAUCGAAGCAAUUAAACAUGGCAAGUGGUGGCACUUAUUUGUCCUUGGCAAUGUUGGUGGUUGCAGGAUCUUUAAUAUAUAACACAAAAGAGGUUUCAGGUCAAUGUGGAGGAAGUCUUUCAGAUCUUAUAGCACAAUGCUCACAGUAUGUGCAAAAGUCAGGACCAAAGAUUCCACCUUCAGCGACGUGCUGUGCAGCGUUGAGAAAGUUUAAUGUGCCAUGCGCAUGCAAACUCGUUACUAAAGAAGCUGCAAGCCUUGUGAGCAUUCCAAAGGUCGUCUUUGUUGGACGCUCUUGUGGAUUGAACCUUCCCCCCGGAAUGCAAUGUGGAGCUGUUAAAAUUCCGCCGAAGGCCAUGAAGUGAACAUUUUCUCCCACUUGAAUAAGUAUCUUCUGAUGUACUGGCAUGGCUACCAAGGCCUCCAUCUGAAAAAAAAAAUGAACAAUUAAAUAAGUAAUAGCUCUCCAAAUCAAAUAGUAGUAUGCUCAUUGUCAGAGAUGGAAGGAAGAACCGCAUUGAAAAUGGAAUAUAUCCAUGUAAUAAAUAAAUUAAUAAUAAGCAGAAACUUGAGUGUAUAUUAUUGUACAACAUCAAAGUUAAUGAUAACUUUCAUUUCUGCCAUUUCAAGCUUGAA